ACAGAUCUCCAUUUGGCUGCUGAGCUGGGCAAGACUCUGUUGGACAGGAACCAUGAGCUGGAGCAGGGCCUUCAGCAGAAUGUACUCCACCAAUCACGAGCAGCUGCAGGAGAUUGAGUACCUGACCAAGCAGGUGGAUCUCCUGAGGCAGAUGAACGACCAGCAUGCCAAAGUUUAUGAGCAGCUGGACUCAGCAGCACGAGACCUGGAGAAAAGCAACCAAAGACAGGCGCAGGAGAACCGCACGGCCCAGCACAGGAUCCAGAGUCUGACCGAGACCACAGAUGGCUUGCAGACUCACAUGGAGGGUCUUCAGAAGCAGGUGGACGAGCUGAAGGCGUCUCGGUCCAAGAGAGAUCUGGCAGCUUCACACCGCAGCCUCGCUGCCCAAAGAAUGUCCUGUCUGAAAGAAAUCUAUGAUCUGCAACAAGACAAGUGAGUCUGGAGCCGAAUGACGCCAACAAAUCCCUAUCAUUCACAUCAACAGCACGCAAACACCCACGCACUCAU